UCCGUGUACCUCUUACGGACUGGAUUCGCCAGACCGAUCUCCAAUGGUAUAGUACCAUUGAAGUUGGGACACCGGCUCAAACCUUGUGACACCGUUAUGUACGAUACUGGCUCCACGGCUCUUGUGCUGCCGCAGCGGAAUUGCACCACCUGUGGCAAGCAUACUCUUUUCGACCCAGCGGAAUCCACGUCAUUCUCUUCCUCGCCGGGGGAAGAUGUGGUCUUGGACUUUAGUACAGGGGCAACCACUAUCCCAAUAGCGGAGGCGGAAACCGCGAACUGCACUGUUGUUACCGACACCGUAAGCCUGGGUGGUCUCAAAGCUCCAGGCCAGAUGUUUGCACUGUGCCAUCAAUACCCGGAGGCCUUUGAGGACGUCGCGAUGGACGGCAUCCUCGGUAUGGGCAUAGCCCCGCAGUCGGACGCGGAUAUUAUUCCCACUUUCUGGUCCCUGUAUGCCAGUGGCCAGUUACCAGAACCCGUGUUUUCAUUCUAUCUUCUGCCUGGGUCCGUGGACGGCGCCGAACUCAAACUCGGAGGCAUCGACCACUCGAAAUACGAGGGCCAUCUCACCUACGUGGAUCUGAACAAGAACCUCAGCGCUGUUUCAUCGGCGUUUGUCAUGGACCUGCAAGAAAUCCACAUUGAUGGAAAGCCGGCCCUCACGCGUGGGAACUACACCAGCGGCAUUGUCGGUGGUAAGCCCGCGAAAUUUCGAUCUGGUCUUGCGGCCCUCGACACGGGCACCAGCUUCCUGCAGACACCGGAUAAGCAGUCCGCCUGGGAUAUCUACCAGCAGAUCUCUCCGCACAUCAAGCAGAUUGAUGCUGCUGGGGCAUGGGGUGCCCCCUGCGACAUUUUGGACUCGGUUGCUCCCACGCUUAAAUUGGCUAUCGGCGACGGCGACCACCGAUUCCAGCUCACCUUGCCGCGACACCUCUUCAACCUUGGUGAAUACCCCGGUCUCCCCGGGAUAUGUCAAGCGGCCUUUAGCAACCCCGUGGAGAUCAUCCAAGAUCCAUCCGGCGACCAGCCGGUGUGGCUGCUGGGUUCUCCGGUGUUGAAGGCGUACUACACUGUUUGGGAUGGGUUAAACAUGAAGGUUGGGUUUGCGCAUGCUGUCAAGCCCGCGCGGUCUGUGACUGGUAGGUAGGACGGCAGCGGGUUCGGGCAUAAUCAUGAUCCAGGGGUUUUGUACUUGAUUUGAUAUGGUGCUUAGGCCGUCCCAA